AUGAUGACAUCCAAAGAGGUGGCCAAAUGUGAUGCAGUGGAGAACAGGAGGCGAAGUCCGCUGGACCACUUGCCGCCUCCUGCCAACUCCAACAAGCCGCUCACCCCCUUCAGCAUCGAGGACAUCCUGAACAAGCCGUCCGUGAAGCGCAGCUACACGAUCUGCGGCACGGCGCACCUCAUCUCGUCCUCCGAGAAGCACCGUCCGUCCAGCAUCCCCCUGUCCAGCCGCGCUCUGCUCAACCAGACCUCCCCGCUCAGCGCGCUGGAGGAGCUGGCCAGCAAGACCUUCAAGGGGCUGGAAGUCAGCGUGCUACAGGCGGCGGAAGGCCGGGACGGGAUGACUCUGUUCGGCCAGAGGACCACCCCGAAGAAGCGUCGGAAGUCCCGGACGGCGUUCACCAAUCACCAGAUCUACGAGCUGGAGAAGCGCUUCCUGUACCAGAAGUACCUGUCCCCCGCCGACCGGGACCAGAUCGCGCAGCAGCUCGGCCUGACAAACGCGCAGGUCAUCACGUGGUUUCAGAACCGCAGAGCCAAGCUAAAACGGGACCUGGAAGAGAUGAAGGCCGACGUGGAGUCGGCCAAGGCCGUAGGCCAGGUCCCCUUGGACAAGCUCGCCAAGCUGGCGGACCUGGAGAAAUGCGCCAACGGCACGCUGGGCCACCCGCGCCCCGUGUCCCCGGCGCGGGGAGGCAAGCUCGGCCAGAAACUGCGGACGUCGCCGCUGUCUCCGUUCUCAGACCACACAACGAGUAAAGAGUGCUCAGAGGACGAGGACGUGGAGAUUGAUGUGGAUGACUGA